UAAGAGGAAAAGAAGAGAAGUGAAGAGGACGAAACGGCGGUGGGCUCUCGAAACUUCCGGGCUCCGGCGACUCCGCCGGCCGCGAUCUCCUCCUCCUCCUCCUCUCCGGCUCUUCCCGGAGACGACCAACUCCCUCCUUCCUGUACGCUCCACCCCUCUCCCUCGAUCUACUCCUCUCGCUUUCGCUCCAGCUCGUCCAGAUCCGGCGGACCUGACGCGAUCGCUUGCGCUUUUCCCCCCUUCCGACUACUCGCGGUUCGAUCUAGUGUCUGCUGGCCUGCAGUGUGAUAUGUGUAGCUGGUAGCUGCUUGGUCUCGCAGCUCUCGCUGAAGCCUAGAACAUGGGUGUGGAUCUCGCGGUAUUUUAGAUGGUUCAUUUGGUAUUCUGGUGCAGUUUGCAGUGGUUUCUGGCCUUCUUGACAAAAUGGUGAAGCUGACAAUGGUAGCACGUGUCACUGAUGGCCUUCCACUGGCAGAAGGGUUGGAUGAUGGACGGGAUCAGAAGGACGCUGACUUUUACAAGCAGCAAGCUAAACUUCUUUUCAAAAACUUAUCAAAGGGGCAACAUGAAGCCUCGCGGAUGUCAAUUGAGACUGGGCCAUACUUUUUUCAUUACAUCAUUGAGGGGCGAGUAUGUUAUCUGACAAUGUGUGACCGUUCUUAUCCAAAGAAACUUGCAUUCCAGUACCUAGAAGAUCUGAAAAACGAAUUUGAAAGAGUCAAUGGCAGUCAAAUCGAAACAGCUGCAAGGCCAUAUGCCUUUAUUAAGUUUGACACAUUCAUUCAGAAGACUAAGAAACUUUAUUUGGACACUAGAACCCAGAGGAAUCUUGCGAAAUUGAAUGAUGAGCUCUAUGAGGUGCAUCAGAUUAUGACUCGCAAUGUUCAAGAAGUUCUUGGUGUCGGUGAAAAGCUAGACCAGGUCACUGAAAUGUCAACUAGGUUGACUUCUGACACAAGAAUGUAUGCAGAUAAGGCUAAGGAUCUCAAUCGCCAGGCCUUGAUUCGGAAGUAUGCCCCCGUUGCCAUUGUGAUCGGUGUAGUUUUGAUGCUCUUUUGGUUGAAGAACAAGAUAUGGUAACUGCACCAAAUGAAGGAAGCUGGGCCUGCGUUACAACACUGGAGAAAGAAAAACAAAAAAAUUAGGUUGAUUCUGGAUCAAUAGUGCUUUGGUGACGUGUAUCCCGUAUCUGCCCAUUCAAGCGAGUACUUCAGCUGCCCUUUUACCCUCCUCCUCACUACAAAGCUAUUCAAGUCAAUUCGUUGUAGCAUAGGCCUUAUGACGGACUUGAUUUUGUAAAUCCUUGGAACUGUACAUAUAAGAGCUCUGUAGAGUUGAGUUUUCGGUAUUGGGAUGGGAUUGUAUUCUUUUGCAAACUCAACUCAUGUAAGAAUUCAGGCUGAAUAUCGUAUACUCCAUAUCUCUUGGACUUCAUGCCCAUGUUGCCUAAA